GACUGCAUCGAUGGGGGGUUCAAUUGGGCGUUGCAUCUCUUGUGUGGUCUGCUGUUCGUGGGAAAGUGAGCAAUCCGCUGGGCGGAUUUGCCGGGCUCGUUUUUUGGGUGUCAAGCGUGAAUUUCGUGGUUUCCUCUAAAUCACUAGCUCGCCGCUUACACCUCCUAACAUAUAGUCACCUCACAAUUCCCUCACACGAUUUGAUUCUCUGGCAAAAUCCCGACUCUAUUUUCUAAAUCACAUUAUGCAAAUUGGCAUACGGUCUGCGCAUUUUCUCCUGAAAUCGACUUUCUCAGCGAGUCCGAUCGGCGCUGGCUGGUCGAUCUGCAUCGCAAGACUCGCCGGGGCCGGAAGUAACAAUAGUGGGCCCUCGCCAAUCCACGAUGUACCGAUUUUAGGGGCGACACUGGCCGGGGAGAAGACGUGGCCGCGGUUGGCUGGAGGAUGCGAGUGGAGUUGCACAUCUCGGCCAGUAACAGUUGAUUACAGUUGCCGUGGCCAUCACAUUAGGGCGAGCUCUUUCUUACCUUUGCCAAACUUCAUGAAGCCUCUGACGAAGGCGGCGUUCGCGUCUUCGGCAUCGUUGCUCUCAAGCCAUAGGGCUCAAUAUACGCAUCUACCAAAGGUAUUCCCGACACAUAGCCCGCGUGACGGCCGGAUAAGCAGCCGGGCAGGACCAAAACCGACGAAGUCGUCUCGCCCGGAGGUCGUCAGGUCUCGGCUGGUGGCAGGCAGCACGUCGCUCCGGCACUGCGGCCUCCCGGCAGCUGUCUGUGUGCUUGUGGAUCUGGGGGGAUUCGCAAAGCUCCCGAUUGGCAGCUGCAACUUUCCAAUACACACUCCCGCAUGAUCGUGCGCCAG